AUGAGUUCUUCCCCGGCGCGGGCGGGGAACCAGAAUCAGAAGGAGAAAGAGAGGCCCAGAUUCUUCGAUGCCAAGGCCAAGGCUCAGUGCUGGGAAAAAGCAGAUGUGGUGAGCGGCCGCCACCCCGAGAGGUGGCGCAAGGAUGCCGCGGGUAACAUCGUCUGCAAGCGCUUCUGGAACUGCCACGGCUGUCUGUGCUACGAGUACGACCACAUCGUCCCUUUCUCCAAAGGUUAGAUCCCCCCCAACUCCCUUGUCUCUCCCGUCUGUUGGCUCAUAUCUGCUCCGGCCUGGUGCGUACCCGCUGCGAGGUUAGGUUCCCUCGCCGAGAUUUUUUUUUUCAUCGUCGCGAAGAUCACCCAUUUUGUCCGCAUUUGUCGAACGUAGAAGCUCCAAUUGAUGGUCUAUUCGCAUGAAUCUGAUAUCCAAACCUUUUAAUACACUCCAUUAUCUGCUAUUUAAAGAGCAACUUUCCUUCAAUUCUCAUGGUGUUGAUAUCGACGACUAUCCAAGGAGUUGCGCUGGAUCAUCAUUUCUUGAAUCCUUUGAAUCACGUCUCCAUGUCUCCUUACCAUCAGUUAAUAUUCUCAGGUUUAGUUCCCACCAUCAUUGAUAACCAAUCAACAAGCUGGUUGUCCUAGAAUCAGCGUGAAUUUUUGGCUUCAUUAUUUAUCAGAAACAUGACACGAAAAGAAAAUUCGGACGAUUAAUUCUUCGUUACUUAAUUUCAGAGACCAACUUAUUGUACCUCCGCAUGAUUGGUCGCAUACCCUCUUACCCGGCCACCGUUGGUCAAGAAGAGGGGUGUGGCAUGAACACAUUUUCUCUUGGACUUAUAUUUCAUUACGUCCUUGUAUUCGGUCAUUUUCCUGGCAGAACCUCUCUUUGUUGGUUGCGUUGAGGCUGCUAAGCUUCCAGGACACGACCACUGAAUUCCUUUUGUAAGUCUAUAGCCAUGGCUUGCUUGGAGCGUCAUUUUUAUCAGGCAGGUUUCACUUUCGCAGCCAGCUUUCAGUCCUCAGAGUUUACUCUAGGCCUCACAAAGAUUCAAAGAAAGAUGUGAAAGAUAUGACAAUAAAAGAGAAUUAUGCAUUCUUUUGUGGGUAACCAUCAAUCAAUAAAUAGUUGGGAAAAUAAAAUCAUGGAUAUUUCCCAAUUUUCUCUCUCGUCAAACUAUGGUUUUUUAUUUGUUAAUUAGAUGCUCUGGUUUCAUUGACCUCAUAGGUCGUAGAUCUGUGGACCAUAUAUUUCCUCUGUCUAAUCCAUUAUAAUCAGUUUUUUAAGCAUUUUCAUACUCUCAUACCCGUGUCUGAAAUCAGAUAUCCGAUGCAGGCGGAGAAUCAACCGCAGACAACUGCCAGAUUCUUCAGACCAGGGUGAAUAGGUUUAAGUCAGAUAAAGAGUGGGUGGAGAGAGCUGAACUGGAAGGUUUCUCGUGUGAUGUCAAAUUUACUGGUACAUUUCCUCGCUCUAUGAGCUGCCAGCUGAAAAUAUUUAUAUUUAUUUUGUAAAUUGGAUCCUAAAUCUUCCUUCCCCCCUUCUUUGCAUUCGGUUAUUAAUUUUAAACAUUUUCAUAGCUCCUUAUUUUAUACUGUAAUUUCAAAAAAAGUGUUGUCUGAAACAUAAGCUGCUGCCGGAUUAAUUGGAUUCCUCUCAUACAUUUGGACCAGCAAUAUAAGAUGCGAAUCCAGUAUUCAUGCGGGCUCCCUCCCCCCCAUAUUACUGUGUUGCGGUUACACUAAGUUUUAUGUUUUUCGUGAAUUUUUCCUUGGUUUCAAGCAGAAACUUGCUAUCCUCACGAUCUAGCGACUGGUAGUCAUCUCCCUCUGCAUGCUUAGUUUCUGGGUUCCGCUCUUCCCUUUCAAUGAUCUUCCUGCAAAUGGGGUCCACUUUUCUCCAAUCCUGUGAGUCUCUAGGUUGGCAGCGUGCCAGGCUAGCCCUCAAUCGCCGUCUGCUCACAGUAAUAAAGAAGCUGGUCUUUUGCCGUGUUAUAAUAUUCAUUCCACGUAAUUUGGUUAUGCGGUGAGUUGCUUCAAAUCUGAAGAAGCCAUUCCAUGAUUUCUGGCCUGAUCUUGGGAAUAUGGGCUCGCAGACAAGGAGCUGGACGUCAUCGAGAUGGCUGUCUAUGGAAAUGUGAUCCGCCCGGGGAACCAGUGCCGCUGCAAGACAGUUGCUGAGAUGCUGGGCCUUCACAAGCACAAGAGCCCACUGGCCGCCUGCGAGCUGCCUUACAAGGAGACGACGCCUUAG